GGCUUCCGGCGCGCUGGGCUCGGACAGUAGGGGGCGCGCAGCUGGCGCACUUCGGCCAGCUCGGCACCUUCUGGGGCCUGUGCGGCUCGGUGUGACUGGAAAGAAAAUGGAGCAAGAAGCCUAGGCCGAGGGGUAGCCCUCACCCCUCUGAUCGAGGUCCUGCCGCUUACGCCGCCAGGAGCCUCCUUCCCCGGACCUAGUGCGUUCGAGUGCCCCGGUGGCCUGGGCCUCGCGAGUGGAAUGGUCGCCGAGGCCCAGGGCCUCGGGUUUCGGGGCGCCCCGUGAAGGGAACUGGGGAACCUCGCGGGACUCCCCCCGACUCCAGGAGCGGAAAACCCCAGCGAGCUGCAGCUGUAUUCACUGGCUAUUGGAGAGCGAUACCUGUGGUCUUCAACGCGUAGCAAGUACUUUAUGCUGAUCCAGGCAAAUGUGCAAUACCAACAUGUCUGUGUCCACUGAUGGUGCUGUAAGCACCUCACAGAUUCCAGCUUCGGAACAGGAGACCCUGGUCAGACCAAAGCCAUUACUUUUGAAGUUGUUAAAGUCUGUUGGAGCACAGAAAGACACUUAUACUAUGAAAGAGGUUAUAUUUUAUCUUGGCCAGUAUAUUAUGACUAAACGAUUAUAUGAUGAGAAACAACAGCAUAUUGUAUAUUGUUCAAAUGAUCUUCUAGGGGAUUUAUUUGGAGUGCCAAGCUUCUCUGUGAAAGAACACAGGAAAAUAUAUACAAUGAUCUACAGAAACUUGAUAGUAGUCAAUCAGCAGGAACCGUCAGUUUCCAGCACAUCUGUGAGUGAAAACAGGUGUCACCUUGAAGGUGGAAGUGAUCAAAAGGACCUUGUGCAGGAGCUACAGGAAGAGAAACCUUCAUCUUCAGACUUGAUUUCUAGACCAUCUACCUCAUCUAGAAGGAGAGCAGUUAGUGAAACAGAAGAAAAUUCAGAUGAAUUACCUGGUGAACGACAAAGAAAGCGCCACAAAUCUGAUAAUAUUUCCCUUUCCUUUGAUGAAAGUCUUGCUCUAUGUGUAAUAAGGGAGAUAUGUUGUGAAAGAAGCAGUAGCAGUGAUUCAACAGGGACUCCAUCAAAUCCGGAUCUCGACGCUGGUGUGAGUGAACAUUCUGGUGAUUGGUUGGAUCAGGAUUCAGUUUCAGAUCAAUUCAGUGUGGAAUUUGAAGUUGAGUCUCUUGAUUCAGAAGAUUAUAGCCUUAGUGAAGAAGGACAAGAACUCUCAGAUGAAGAUGAUGAGGUAUAUCGAGUUACUGUGUAUCAGGCUGGGCAGAGUGAUACAGAUUCAUUCGAAGAAGAUCCUGAAAUUUCCUUAGCGGACUAUUGGAAGUGUACUUCAUGCAAUGAAAUGAAUCCUCCCCUUCCACCUCAUUGUAACAGAUGUUGGGCCCUUCGUGAAAAUUGGCUUCCUGAAGAUAAAGGGAAAGAUAAAGGGAAGAUGCCUGAGGAAGCCAGACUAGAAAACUCAACACAAGUAGAAGAGGGCUUUGAUGUCCCUGACUGUAAGAAACCUACAGUGAAUGAUUCCAGAGAAUCAUGUGCUGAGGAAAAUGAUGAUAAGAUCCCACAAGCCUUCCUAUCCCAAGAAAGCGAGGACUAUUCUCAGCCGUCAACCUCUAAUAGCAUCAUUUAUAGUAGCCAAGAAGAUGUCAAAGAGAUUGAGAGGGAAGAAAUACAAGACAAAGAAGAAAGUGCGGAACCUAGUUUUCCUCUUAAUGCCAUUGAACCUUGUGUGAUUUGCCAAGGUCGACCUAAAAAUGGUUGCAUCGUCCAUGGCAAAACAGGACAUCUUAUGGCAUGCUUUACGUGUGCAAAGAAGCUAAAGAAAAGGAAUAAGCCUUGCCCAGUAUGUAGACAACCAAUUCAAAUGAUUGUGCUAACUUAUUUCCCCUAGUUGAACUAUCUAUAAAAAUAAUUAUAUAUUUCUCACUAAGCCUAAAAAUUUAGACAACAUGAAGUUUAUUUUUUUACCUGUAUCAAAACAAUAGUGAAUAUUUACUUCCUUUUAGGAAAAUGCCCUUUCUGUUUAUAUUUUAUAUUAGGGUUUUAAUGUACUUUUAAUUGGGUAUAUAGCUUAUCCAUCCCCCCCAUAUUUCAGAUAAUUUCCACUUUCUCUUAAAUGAGAAAUAUCUGACCAUCCAAAAAAUAUAUAAUUAUGACACUGAGAUAUAACUUAUUUAGUACCAUUUACGUAAGAAGGAAAAGUUUGCGUGAAAGACUUUAGAUGUUCGUAAACUUUCCAGUUCAUAGUUCUCUAGUCUUUCAGAGCCCCCAAAAUAAUACUCUUUCUCGAUAGCAGAAAUAGGUAGCUAUGUUUGGUGCUUUGUAAAUUAAAAUGUACUUCUCCUUCUCUAGCCUCUUGGGUGUGGUAAGGAAUGGGGAGUAAUGACGUCUGUUGAGAAGUCUGGCUGUAGUCAUUAUUUACCUACAAGAUAAAACUUGUUAAGGCUCCCUGGUCCUAGGGGUCUUUUUAAUAAGUUUCCGGGCCCAUCUCCAUGAAUAACUUCAGAAUUUAGUGCAAUCUAUUAUUUCCCUAAGUUGGAAAACAAUUCUAAGAUACUUUGGAGUGCCUUUUGGGGCUAAGUUACACAUUCCCUGGUAGUUACCUAGGCUUCAUAUUUUUGCUUAAGGCCAGUCUAGUGAAUUCACAAAGACUAAUUCAGAAGUUUAAUAAACAGAAGGACUAUUUUUAUACUGCCUGGAAAUGUUAUAACUUCCCUAAAUUGUCCCCAAAUUUUGCUCUCUUUACUUGAAGAAUGAUUUAGAACAAAAUUCUAAGAUAACUCUCAGACUGCAUAGAUUAACAUCUUGAUCUAGAUUAACUCUUCAACAAAAUAGGGAAAAUAAGUUCGAUUUAAGGUCCCAGUGGUUUUUCCCAAUAUAACAUUUGACAUACUUAGUUGAAGUCAUAAAAUCAGCUGAUCUGUAUGUUAGAAUAGAAAUGAGGGAUAAUCCUCGGCAAAUUUGUAUGCCAGUUACAGAACAUUGUAUUAAACUUUAACCCCCCCCCAAACUUGAUUUAUCUUGUAUAGAUGUGUAAGUAAUAGCUGAGGGAUCAGUACCUUAGCCAAAGAGUCCUAAAUGCAAUAAAGCCUUUACUAAUUGGACAUUUAUAAUAAACUAAGUAGAAUUGAUCAUCUCUGAGGAGAGAGAAAUAAAAAUGAGACUAUAAACAUUGUA